AUGGAGACACAUCCUCAAGCACUUCGGUUUUGUGCGUUGAUAUGCAUCACUUUUUCUUCCCUUUUGCAUCUCGUUCAAACUCAGGACCAAAAAGAAUUCAUCAGCUUGGAUUGUGGGUUACCACCUAACGAGUCUCCUUACAACUUUGUUAAACUGGGACUAACAUUCACAACGGAUGAGGGUUAUGUGAAAACUGGCAAAACCGGAAAAGUCCAAAAGGAGUUCGAGCAGACAACCCCUAAACCGAUUUUGAACCUCAGGUACUUCCCAGAAGGAAAAAGAAACUGUUAUACCUUGAACGUCACACAAGGCACAGACUAUCUUAUCAGAGCUCUAUUCUUGUACGGUAAUUACGAUGGUCUUAACAAGUACCCCAGUUUCGACCUCUACCUUGGUCCAAACCUUUGGGAAACGAUUGAUUUGAGUUUAUGGGGAACCGAAGGGGUUUACGAUGAGAUCAUCCACAAGGCCAUAUCUAAGUCUCUCCAGAUCUGUCUCGUUAAGACAGGAACGAGUUAUCCUCUGAUUAAUGUCUUAGAGCUACGACCUCUUCAGAACAAUAAUACUUACAAUACUCAGCGCGGCUCUCUGCGGCGUUUCCGCCGGAAUUAUUUCACCACCGCAAUCGGCAACGUAAGGUACCCCAACGAUGUUAGUGAUCGUAUAUGGAUACCAAAUUUUGAUGAGAAAAACUGGAAAGAAGUAACUACCGAUCUCAACGUAAACACGUCCAAUGGUUACAAUCUACCACAAGUUGUGAUGGCGUCAGCCUCAACGCCUAAAAGUGAUUUUGCGGCAUGGAAUUUCACCUGGUUUUUGUCGCCGUCCACAACCCAAUUUUAUAUCUACAUGCACUUUGCCGAGAUUAGAACUUUACAGGCCAAUGAAACCCGAGAAUUCAGUGUAUCAGUUAAUGGUAAUCAUAUAAAUGAAAGCUAUAGUCCUAAAACGUUGUCCACAGAAACUCUAUCCUACUCCACACCUCAACAAUGUGAAGACGGAAAAUGCAUCGUAGAGUUAUUAAGAACGUCAAAAGCUACUCUUCCGCCUCUCAUGAACGCUUUAGAGAUUUACACCGUGAUAGAUUUUCCGUUACUGGAAACGAACCAAGAUGAUGUUCUUGCUAUCAAGAGUAUCCAAAAUACUUAUGGAUUGAGUAGGAUUAGCUGGCAAGGGGAUCCAUGUGUUCCUAAAGAGUUCUUGUGGGAUGGUUUAAACUGCGAAAACUCAGAUUCUUCAGAGCCACCUAUAGUCACUUAUUUGAAUUUGUCAUCAAGUAACUUAACGGGAAUCAUAGCGUCUGGCAUUCAGAAUCUAACCCACCUAAAAGAAUUAGACUUGUCAAAUAAUAAUUUGACGGGAGGAGUACCAGAGUUUCUUGCUGGCAUGAAAUCACUUUUGAUCAUAAAUUUAAGUGGAAACAAUCUGAAUGGCUCUGUUCCUCAAGCCCUUCUUCAGAAAAAAGGACUAAAAUUAAUUCGUGAUGGAAACCCGGAUCUUAUUUGUGCGGAUGAGUCUUGUGCAAACAAAUCCGGUGGUUCCAAGAAAAAAACGAUUGUAGUAGCAGUUAUUGUAUCGGUCGUAGUAGCGGUUGUUCUUGGAUCUACAGUGGCUUUAUUUUUUGUAUUCAGAAAGAAAAGGACAUCAAAUAGUGCAGAGGUUGUAACAAUGACAAACAACUUUGGAAGAGUCCUUGGUAAAGGAGGAUUUGGAAUGGUCUAUCAUGGAAUUGUAAAUGGUUCUCAACAAGUAGCCGUUAAAAUGCUCUCACACUCAUCUUCUCAAGGGUAUAAAGAAUUCAAAGCAGAGGUGGAACUUCUUCUCAGAGUUCACCACAAAAAUUUAGUUGGCCUCGUCGGAUAUUGUGAUGAAGGAGCAAAUUUGGCUCUGAUAUACGAAUACAUGGCAAAAGGAGACCUAAGAGAACAUAUGUCGGGAAAACGAGGUGGAACUAUUUUAAACUGGGAAACCAGACUAAAAAUAGUAGUUGAAUCCGCACAAGGGUUGGAGUACUUGCAUAAUGGGUGCAAACCACCUAUGAUUCAUAGGGAUGUCAAAACCGCAAACAUAUUAUUGAAUGAACAUUUUCAGGCCAAGUUAGCUGAUUUUGGGCUUUCGAGAUCUUUUCCAGUUGAAGGAGAAACUCAUGUGUCCACGGCUGUUGUUGGAACCCCUGGAUAUCUUGAUCCAGAAUAUUAUCAAACGAACUGGUUGAACGAAAAAAGUGAUGUUUAUAGCUUCGGAAUUGUGCUAUUAGAGAUUAUCACAAAUCAGCAUGUGAUCAAUCAAAAUCGUGAAAAACCAUAUAUAGUAGAAUGGGUUGGGUUAAUGCUUACAAAAGGAGACAUCCAGAACAUUAUGGAUCCAAAACUCUUUGGAGAUUAUGACUCUAAUUCUGUUUGGAGAGCAGUUGAACUAGCAAUGUCAUGUCUGAAUCCUUCGUCAGCUAGACGACCAACCAUGUCUCAAGUUGUUACCAAAUUAAAUGAGUGCUUAGCAUAUGAAAACUCAAGGGGAGGAACGAGCCAAAACAUGAACUAA